CCUUGACUGAUACACAUCCGAUGUCAUUUAGAUUUUUUAUCUAUCAUAUCUGUCUAUCAUCUUCAAACCUGAUCCAGGAACAUAUCAUCCUAAAUUCAUUGUAAAAAAUAUCAAAAUCAUCUUUAAUGUCCCAGCCACAAGCUCUACCUGCAAAUGAUGCUUCCGGAUUGAUCGAACAAGAAACAUCCCAAGGUAUUUUAUCGAAUAUAGGAUGUCCAGAUAUCCCAAUAAGACAGGCCGUGCAAAGUGCUUACGAUACUGUUGUAAGACUGGUAGGCUUAGAGGGUUCUAUUGAAGAAGAAGAAGAUAUACCAGUCUUACGCAAUGAAGAUUGUGAAGAAACACAAGAAGAUUGUGGAAGUUGUUCUAAAAUAAGGAGGGGGAACUGUCCAAAAUGUCCACCACCACCUUUUGGAGAAUACACUAAAUCGGCUAUACAAGCUAUAUCAAACUUACUUGGGCUUAAACCUGAACCAGUUCAAGAAAGUGAAAUUACAGUAGAGGACGAUGGGGAUGAUUCAAAACUUGUGAAAGCAGACGAAACGUCUCCAGCUACUCUACAAGCAUCUGCUUCAUAUACAGAGGAGAGUGAUUCAUCCAAAAAACAGGAAGAAAUAUCUAUCUGGGAUAGAAAAUGUAGAAGUCAAGAUAAAUGCCCGCCACCACCCUUUGGAGAGCAUACUAGAAGCUUUGCUCAGGCUGUAGGUCAUUAUAUAGGGUAUUCUACAAAAGCAGGUAAUAGUUCCAAGGCCGAAGAUGAAAUAGACGAAGAAAAGAGUGAUAUUGAGAAUAAAGCAGUUAAUGGAGAAAAAACUAAUGACAAUACAAAAUCAGAAUCAGGGGAACCUCCUUGUCAACCUAAACAAGCUAGCUUCAAUGUUGGUGAAGAACAAACUGAGCAGUUGAGUGUUGUUACAAGAAGUGCCUAUAAAACUGUUGUGAGACUGAUAGGAGCUUACGAAGCGCCAGAGAAAGAAGUUGGAGAGCCUGAAUUGGUUAACGAAGAACACGAACAUAAAGUUGCAAGUGCUAGUAAGGAUGAAUAUCCAGUAUGCAAGACAUGUAGAAGAUAUGGAAAGAAGAAAUGUGCCCCUCCACCACUUGGUGAGUAUACAAAAUCUGCAAUUCAAGCUAUUUCUAAUGUCAGAGAUUAUGUGGGGAGUAUAAUGUUUUCCGAAGACGCUGAGGAUGACUCCGAAACUAGUGAGAACGCUGUUGAAGAAACGGUUGAUGAUGAAAGUACCAAAGAUCAAAAAGAAGAUGAGUCUGCAUGUCAAACCAAAUCACCAGACUGCAGUGUGAAUGAGAGGGUUAACAAAAAGCCUGACAUACUGUUGAGGCAAUCUACUCGAAGCGCGUUUCAAGCUGUUGUACAAUUGGUAGGAUUGGACAGUGCCCCUGAAGAAAAACCGACACUUGUCAGUGACUCAGGUGAGGAAGUACCAAGUGAAGCUGAGGUCCAGGAUAGUACUAGGUCGUCGUGCACCAGACAUGAAAAGAAAAAAUGCCCUCCUCCACCUUUAAGUGAGUAUACGAAGUCUGCCAUUCAGGGUAUUUCAAAUCUUAUGGGUUUACAAAGAGAAGAUGUCGAAGAGAAGGUUAGUAGACACAUUAACGCUAAAGAAGCAAUACCUGGUUCUGGUCGAAGUGCAGCCUCAACUGAAGGUAAAGCUUCAGAAGGAGAAGCACCUAAUUCAGCACCCCCUGAAGAAAAACUCAGUGAACCGGAGAUCCAGGAUAAUACUAGAGAAGAUGUCGAAGAGAAGAUUAGUAAAGAAAGCAAUGCUGAAGAAGCACCACCUCCUAGUUCUGGUCAAAGUGCAGUCCCAACUGAAGGUCGAGCUUCAGGAGAAGAAGUACUAGCUGAGCCCCUUAAGAGUCAAUGUAGGUCCAAGAAAUGUCCAUCACCACCCCUUGGGGGAUAUACUAGAGAUAUCGCAAAUGCUAUUGGAAGAUACAUUAGUAAUAAGGAUGAGACAGGUGACAUCUCGACCCCUGAAGGAUGUGGGAACGCUAAGGAUGGAAAAGAAUCUGCUCUACCUAAACCGACUAGUUAUACCAUAGACAAAGCUAUGCCUCAAUCUAGUGUAAAAAUGGGUAGAGCUACGAAUGCUGUAUUUAAGAUGUUUGGGAAAGUUUUGGGUGCGACAAGAGAUGGAGUUUAUGUUCCUGUUGAAGAAGAACGUGGGAAUGAAGAAGAGCAAGAGAUCCAAGAAAGUUCAUGAAGGAGCAUAACCACAGAUUGCGAUGCAAAUGUCCUGUGAUAAAGUUGAAGAAUACGGGACUGAUGAGAGGAGUUGUGGAGAGAACAUGGUGACAAUUUCCCAUUUGAUGGUCGGGGAGUGGUACUGGCUCAUGCAUUCUUCCCUACUGGAAUGAGAUCCAGUAUUGAAGUUCAUUUUGAUGCCGACGAAGCAUGGACUACGGAUGGCAGCAGCGAUGAAGG